AUGUCCGCCGCUGAAGAGGAAAAUAUCGCUGAAUCCGGCGACGAUCUCUUGGUCGACGACCUUCCCGAAGGACUACUCGAUGACCUCGCGAGCUCCCCUGACCACCCUGCUGCGAAGAAGCCCUGCAUGGACCCCGGUGCUGGCCCUGCUAGCUUCAACUCCCCCUCCACCUCCUCCGACUCGGCGCUGGCGCAGCCCGCGCCAUCUCCUGUGCUCCUCGCUGCCGCUGCUGCUCCCACGUUGACUCAGCAAGGCCAUGCGCCCUCUCUGGCAGCAACAGCUGCCGCCCCCAACGCCCCGGCCGUGUUGGAGUCGCACCGCACGGAAAUCCUCGCCGGAAUCAACGCGCAGCUGUGCGGCUUCAUGUUCGAUUCGGGCAUCAUCCCCCCCUUCGAGCACACUGUCGGCGACUCCCUCCGCGUGGCCCGCCACGUAUACGGCCGCCUGCUGUUCUCUUGGCCGUCGCAGGAAGACGCGUCUGUUUUUCGCAAGCUUUUUCCUCUCAUGCUGAAAAUCUCCAACUCCCGCCCCGUCAUGUUGAAGGUCUUUGUUGAUCGGUAUGAAGCUUUUACCGCGGCAAAGGCAGCCGGCGCUCCUACCCUGUCUAUCCGAAACGUCCCCCUGGAGAUCGAUCCGGAGGAGAUCCGCGCCUUCCUCCUCGGGUCCACCGAGGAGGAUGGUUCGCAUUGGCUCGCGGAUCUGACUGACUUUCACCGCGCUUCCGACCCCUACGAGAACACCUUUUUCACUCACCUCGCAGGACUCCCGGUCGCCACCCCCGAUGACCCGAAUUUCGAACGAAUCCCGUCCGAAUUCCUGCUGGAGGAGAACAAGCCAACUAUGCUGCUCAAUUUCUCCUGCCACGUGUGCACGCUGUGCGGUAACAACCACCGCGCACCGGACCACGAGACUUUCGCUGCCCGCCGCCGAGGACGCCUCACGAACAAGAACACCAUCUCAAUCGCUCAGCUGCAGCAGGCAAACGCCUGCCUCCGUUGCCUCCUCAUGUGCUCCUCCGCUGCCCCCCAUCCUCUCACCACUCCCCCCUCGGUCUACCCCCUCCCUAUCGCGCAACCUUCAUGCUCCCAUCCAACACCCGCGCUCCCCCCCCGCUGUCCUUCCCUCCCUAAGAGCCCCCGCCCCCCACUGCCUUGCUGUCCCCCCCCCGCACGGCCGUCCGGGCCCCUGCCACCCCCACUUUCAUUCUGCCCCUACCCACUCCCCUCGUUCCCUCCCUUCUCACUCCUCUCCCUGCAAGCCCCCGCCCAAGGACGCUCAGCCCCUGUCACCUCUGUACCCUCCUCUCCCCCCCCUACAGUCGGGCCUCCGCCCACCCUCACGACUCCCCCAUCUUCCCACACCCCCCACGCAAUCUCCGCAUCGCGAAAUCUCUUUCUCACCCAUGAUCCCCCACCCCCUGCCCCUACCCACGUCAACCCCACCCCCCACUACACUCCCGCCCCUUCCCCCUCGGAGGACAGUACCCCGCCCUCCCACAAGCUCGCCCCCCACCCGCACCCCCCUCCCACUAGCAGACUGGACCCUCCUACGGUACCCCCCUCUCUGCCCCCUCCCGACACUCCUCCCACGAUCUCUCCAGAGGGCGGGCCCCCUGCCCAACCUUAUGCUGGCAUGGAGACGCUCCUCUCCCCCUGCCCUAUCCCCCCCUUUUCAACCAGCACCCCUCUCUGCUCCCCCGACCCCCCGACUUCCCCCCCCCACUUCCUCUCCCCCGAUUCCCCUCCUCCCCCCCCCUACCCUCAAUCUCGCCUUCCCCCCCCUCACUCUUUUCAACCCCCUCUUCACUUUCUUCACCCCCCACCCACUCAGGAACCCAUCUGCAACCGCCCCCUGUGCUAUAACCGGGCUGCCCGAUCCCCACCGAGGCUCCCCCCCUCUGCCAACAGCCCUCUUCCCCCGGCCUCUCCCUCAUUGCUCUCGAGCAGGCCGAUCCACCCCCCUCUGGCUCCUUCUCCCCCCCCCGCCUGGGCCCCCGAACACCCCUGCCCCUCCCCCGCACCUCCCACCCCUCUCUGCACCUCCCUCCACCCGCAGCCAACCAGACCUCAUGGCAACUCUUUGGGCAAUCAUGCCGCGCCGACCGCCUUCGGCAACGACCCCGGCCUCCUCUACAUUGGGCUGGGCGAUUGGGUCGAAUAUUGGACCUGCGCUCUCUGCGACUUCACCUGCGGCGCUGCCCUCGACAGCGCCAUGGAGCAUAUCCAGUCCGACCUGCACGUCAACCGCGUGAAGGCCUCCGCUCACCGCCCGGCUGCCAAGGAAGAAUUUGGCCCCUGGCGCGCACUCACCCUGCUGCAGCAGAAGGCCCCGGUGGCUGCCUUCCUUCGCGGUCGCCCUUAG